UGCGACGUACGAUUCGGUUUUCCCGUUAGUUUAGUUUCUUUCGGAAUUUACUGGUGCAAAGUAGCGGUACUAUUACUGCAGCUCCCGCGCCCGCGUGUGUUUGUGAGUGCGAGAGUGCUUGGCGUGCGUGUGUGUGUGUGUGUGUGUGUACGGUGGGGCAGCCUUAAAUCACGUGCAUACAAAAACCAAAAGAAAAAAGCACGGCAUUUAUUUACAUUUCGAUGCCACUAUAAAAAAUAGGACGUCGACGCCUGGGUUCGCUGUAAAGCGCCGUUAGUGAAUGCCCAACAAUUCCUUGCGUGUGCACAUGUUUUUGGUCCUAAUCAAUAUUUGGCAGACGGUCAUUUAGAUUUAAUUGUUGAAAGAAAUAGGCCUCAAACAACAACAACAACUUCGGAGCGCCGACAAUAACAAUAGAAACACCUGCAAAGCGACGAUGACGGCCAAGAGCGAUAUGGAUAUUCUGGCCAACUCCAUGUACGAGGACGACCCCAAUGGCAACCUAGCACCCGCCGCCACUAAGGAUCAGGAAUCGGUUAAGCCGGAGGAGCUGAAGGUCACCACCUCUGGCACCAAAACAACAUCCCCCAACUCAACGACCAUAACAUCGACUUCUCCGCGAUGGGGUCCGCAGAAUAAGGGCGCCCAGGAACUGGCCUUAUUGUACAGUCCAGGAAAACGUGCCCAGGAAAUCAUUUGCGUAUACACCUGCAUUGGCCUUAUGAUCAUUAACCUGGCCUUGAUCGUUAGGCACCUGAAAUUGGAGCGGAUAAGUGUGGCUUUUCUGUCUGCCCUGUGCGGCAUUAUAACGGCUGACUUUGCCUCCGGCUUGGUUCACUGGGCGGCAGACACGUGGGGAUCGGUGGACAUACCCAUGAUUGGAAAGAACUUCCUUCGACCCUUUCGCGAGCAUCACCUGGAUCCCACAUCUAUAACGCGACACGAUUUCAUUGAGACAAAUGGCGACAACUUUAUGGUUGGCAUACCAAUUCUGGGGUACUUGGCUCAGUAUUUUUACUUCAGGACGCCCAGCGAGAUCCAGCAACACUUCGGCUGGAUAGCCUAUGUGUUCCUCUGCUCCAUAUUCGUGGCCAUGACCAAUCAGAUACACAAAUGGUCGCAUACAUAUUGGGGAUUGCCGAGGUGGGUGCUGUUACUCCAGAGCUGUCACAUAAUCCUGCCACGCAAGCAUCAUCGCAUACAUCACGUUGCGCCCCAUGAGACCUACUUUUGCAUCACCACCGGAUGGCUUAACUGGCCACUGGAACGCAUCAGAUUCUGGUCAACAAUGGAGCUUAUCAUCGAGCAUUUUACGGGGCUCAAGCCCCGCGAUGACGACCUGAAGUGGGCCAAGAAACUCACAUAGGCUCGCUGCCCAGCGAAUGUAUAUAGGAAACAUGGACCAAAAGCAGAAAGCAGCCUUAAAUUGCUGAACGUCACCUUCAUAUGUUGUCAUGUCCAACAGAAUGAAGUAGCUUUAAAUGAGACAAGAUUGCAUACAUACUUAUUAGGUUUAUCACAUAGUUCUCAAUUGCAUAUUUGUUAAAAAUAGUUGAUUGUUUUGGAUUAAGUUCGUGUUUUUUAAAUACCAUAUUACUAUUGUACACCUGCACUCUCGCACAAUGGAGCGCAUAAACUAAUUGAUCUCGCCACAGAUUAAUCGUACUACGAGUGAGCCUUACGUAUACCUAAAUAAUAAGUGGAACAGAUUAAUAACUAUUGAGCACAAGCUUGUCUGGUCAAUUUUUAAAGAUUUACACAAAGUAUAAGUAAUUACUCGAUAUAUAUGUAGGCUUUACGAGCAAUACCGUCUGAAUACGGUCAAAUAAUCGCUGCUUAUCGAUGGCCAUAAAUUAAAUCAAUUUAUUUACAACUAUAUAUACAUAGAAGAUACAAUUAAUAUAGGAGCUGUAUGCAAUCAAAUAUGUGACUUAAAACCUUUGCCUUACAACGUUUUUAUAGUAUAGCCUGUUCUGGACGAGCGAAAACCGUUUUAGUGGCAAGUGUAAGAGACCAGUUUGUAUAAUUAAUUUCCAAAGGAUUUUGCCAUGUGCAACUGUUUUCAAGUAAUUCUCUAGAGUUCAGAGUGAUCGGCGUCGAAGAGGCUAGUUGCUUAUAUCAUUUGAGGUGUUGUUGCACAACGCAGUAACUUUAAGACGGAAAUAUUCUUUGUGAUCUGAGAAAAUAAAUCAAUAAGCUGAAAAGCUAAUAUCGACGUGGUAUAUAUUUAUUGUAUGUUGUACAUCUAUGUUA